GCUUCCUUUGCACAGGCUUCCUUUCUCGCUUGGUUAGAGGUUGCCGCAGUGCUGUCUCGUCAAUAUGUGCGGAAGUAUUCCGUAGGCCAGAGCUUCCGAAUCCGGUGGCUACGUAGGUUUUCUUUUGGCUUCUGAAAUCUGGUUAAAGCGGUGGUUCGUUCAUCCUCAAGUACCUAGUCUGACUGCGCACAGGAACCUUUCAAUAGGAUUUCUCAAGUAUUUAACAAGACAGGAAAAACUGAAGUGGUCCAAGCCGUGCUGCUGAUUCAGUAUAUAUUGUAGUUUAAAGAUGAUCCAGAAAUUAUAAUCAUUAAAAACAGUAUAUAUUUGAAUCGGAUAUUUUUAUCUUCAUUUAGCUGGGCAGAAAACCAAAAUACUGGGCUGCCUGGUUCAGGACCCGACGCCUAGCCAACCUAGUGACUGGGAGCUUCAGAUCCAUGGCAACAAAGGAGUCAGGAGAUGCCAAAGCACAGUUGGCGCUCGCUUCAUCAGCCAAUCAAAGCCAAGAAGUGCCUGAAAAACCGAACUAUGCUCUCAAAUGUACUUUGGUGGGACAUACGAAAGCUGUAUCAUCAGUUAAGUUUAGUCCUAAUGGAGAAUGGCUAGCAAGUUCUUCUGCUGAUAAACUAAUUAUAAUUUGGGGAGCAUAUGAUGGAAAAUAUGAGAAAACACUCUAUGGUCAUAAUCUGGAAAUAUCAGAUGUUGCCUGGUCAUCAGAUUCUAGUAGUCUUGUUUCAGCCUCAGAUGAUAAAACUCUAAAGAUAUGGGAUGUGAGAUCAGGAAAAUGUUUGAAAACACUGAAGGGACACAGCAAUUAUGUCUUUUGCUGUAAUUUCAAUCCACCAUCCAACCUCAUCAUUUCAGGAUCUUUUGAUGAGAGUGUGAAAAUAUGGGAAGUGAAAACAGGAAAAUGCCUCAAGACUUUGUCUGCUCAUUCUGACCCAGUUUCUGCUGUUCAUUUUAAUUGUAGUGGGUCCUUGAUAGUGUCAGGUAGCUAUGAUGGUCUCUGUAGAAUCUGGGAUGCUGCCUCAGGCCAGUGUUUAAAAACGCUUGUGGAUGAUGAUAACCCUCCUGUCUCUUUUGUAAAAUUUUCUCCAAAUGGUAAAUAUAUUCUUACUGCAACUUUGGACAACACUCUUAAACUGUGGGAUUAUAGCAGAGGCAGAUGCCUGAAGACAUACACUGGUCACAAGAAUGAGAAAUACUGCAUUUUUGCUAAUUUUUCAGUUACUGGUGGAAAAUGGAUUGUGUCUGGUUCUGAGGAUAACCUGGUUUACAUAUGGAACCUUCAGACUAAAGAGAUUGUACAGAAAUUACAAGGUCAUACAGAUGUUGUGAUCUCAGCAGCCUGUCAUCCUACAGAAAACAUCAUUGCAUCAGCAGCAUUAGAAAAUGACAAAACAAUUAAACUGUGGAUGAGUAACUGUUAAUCCCUUUGGAAAUCAAGUAGUAGAACCAAGUUGGCAAACCAUUUUUUAAAAAGACGGUUUCUCUUAUUAAUUUAGGCAUGGUUUUAUAUUUCUUUUUUAAAACUGUCUUUGAUUGUAAGAUUUUGAGGCUAAGCUGUUAGCUGGAAAAUCACGUCUAGAACUUAAGAGCUUCUGACUUCUAAUCUUGAGGCCUGUUAGUAAUCUCAUGUCCCUCCCUGGACAGUUUCACAUUCGAUUCUUCUCAGUGACUAUCUUAGAGGGUCAGUGUAUUUGAGAAAUAUUUAGAAGUUAAGAUUACAGAACAGGGGGUGACUGACUAAAUGAGGGCAACAGGAGUGUUUGGAAUAAUUCCAGGGUUUCUGGUUUGGAAGAUGCCUAAGCCAGGGAUGGUGGUGGAGGUUUCUUAUCAAGAAAAAACCUAAAAAUAUACCAAAACAUAAAUGUUGCUUACUGAACACUACCUGUUAGUGUUCACUACCCUGUUAGAUUGUGCUGUCUUGUGAUUUUUCACGCAAGCUAAAUGAAUGGUGAAAACUUAUCUCCUUCGUUGUACGUCUGACCUACUGUCUCCCACCCAUGGUUCAAACUCAGUUCAGAACUCACCACUUGUGGAACCAUCACUGCCUGCCUCCAACCACAGCUGAUAGCUGAGUUAGGUGUUCUAUUUCUAUUAUUUACCAGUUUGUAUUGUAAUGCUUUCAUGGGCUUUGUGGAAUCAGGAAGUAUGUCUCUUUGUAUUCUUUGGUUUUUGUAUAGAGAAUUUAUGUAUUCUUGGUUUUUGUAUAGUAAAGGGAUUCAAAUAAUGUUUGAGGAAUGACAGUGACACCACUACUUUAUUCAUUCCUUGCCUGCUUUCAGUAAAUUUUAGUAACAGAUUCCUAAAACUACCAUGUUGAUUAAAAAUAAAAAGUAUCUAACCAUA